CUUCAAGGCUGCUGCGACGAUUGUAAGUCAAGUUCCUCUGUCUCUUUACUGCACAAUCUUCACCAUACUUGAAAUUGCUGAUUCUCAGUUAAGAAGCCUGAUUGCUACAUUUCUUGGUGUAUGGCACCCAUGAAGGGCAUUCUUUCUCUGCAAAGGGCGGCUUUGUUCAGGCGCCAAUAUGGGAAUUGGGGAGUCGGUGCUAGAUUGUUUAGCACUCAAUCUGCAACCACCGCUAACACCGCACAGCCUCCUCCAGAGAAAACUCACUUUGGUGGUUUAAAAGACGAAGAUCGCAUUUUUACCAAUCUUUAUGGUUUGCAUGACCCGUUUCUCAAAGGUGCUAUGAAACGUGGUGAUUGGCAUAGAACUAAAGAUAUAGUGAUCAAGGGUGCGGAUUGGAUAGUAAACGAAAUGAAAAAGUCUGGUCUUCGUGGACGUGGUGGUGCUGGAUUUCCAUCUGGUCUCAAAUGGUCAUUCAUGCCUAAGGUUUCUGAUGGUCGUCCAUCGUAUCUUGUUGUUAAUGCCGAUGAAAGUGAACCUGGAACCUGCAAAGAUAGGGAAAUUAUGCGUAAUGAUCCACAUAAACUAUUGGAAGGAUGCCUGAUUGCUGGAGUCGGUAUGCGGGCAACUGCUGCUUAUAUCUACAUUAGAGGCGAAUAUGUUAACGAACGUCUUAACCUCGAGAAAGCCCGGAAGGAAGCCUAUGCUGCGGGAUUACUCGGUAAAAAUGCUUGUGGUUCGGGAUAUGAUUUUGAUGUACACAUCCACUUUGGUGCUGGUGCUUACAUUUGUGGUGAAGAAACCGCCCUUUUGGAGAGUCUCGAGGGUAAGCAGGGAAAACCGAGAUUGAAGCCCCCUUUCCCAGCCAAUGCUGGUCUUUACGGUUGCCCUACAACCGUUACAAAUGUUGAAACCGUAGCUGUAUCACCGACCAUUUUAAGGCGUGGCCCAGAAUGGUUUUCUAGUUUCGGUAGAAAGAACAAUUCCGGGACAAAACUAUUUUGCAUAUCCGGUCAUGUGAAUAAGCCAUGCACAGUCGAAGAGGAGAUGAGUAUACCAUUGAAGGAGCUGCUAGAGCGGCACUGCGGCGGUGUUAGGGGCGGAUGGGACAAUCUACUGGCUGUAAUUCCUGGCGGUUCAUCUGUACCGUUGCUUCCAAAAAACGUAUGUGAGGACGUGCUGAUGGAUUUCGAUGCACUAAAAGCUGUUCAAUCUGGGUUAGGGACUGCUGCUGUUAUCGUGAUGGAUAAGUCGACUGAUGUUGUUGAUGCUAUUGCUAGGCUUUCUUAUUUCUAUAAGCACGAGAGUUGUGGUCAGUGUACACCUUGCAGGGAGGGUACGGGAUGGCUUUGGAUGAUCAUGGAAAGGAUGAAGGUUGGGAAUGCAAAGUUGGAGGAAAUUGAUAUGCUCCAAGAGGUAACGAAGCAGAUUGAAGGACACACAAUUUGUGCGUUGGGUGAUGCCGCUGCGUGGCCGGUUCAAGGUCUUAUCAGGCAUUUCAGGCCGGAGCUCGAGAGGAGGAUCAGGGAGCGGGCUGAUAGAGAGUUGCUUCAAGCGGCUGCUUAAAUCAGGUGUAAGUCUGUGGAAUAAAUAUGCAGAAAUACUCUGGACAGCUGGAGGAAAACGAUUCUGAGCAUCAUGGUUAAAUUUUUAAGGUCUGUAUUGAACCAGGAUGCGACUGAAAUAGCAUUCAGCCUUCUUGAUGAUUCAGAUGUGGGUAACUUUUUGCUGUUUUGGUGUGAUUAAGACAUCUUAUUGUUAUAUUAUGGAACUUCACUGAACCACCACAAGUGUUUGGAAAUAAGAUGAACCCAAUGUUGUAAUGAUACAAAAAGCUCUAAUUUCAUUCUUGUUAUAACCAUAUCAAAUAUUGGUAUUAUUUUUA